AUGAUCCGAAACCUUAUAUCGCCCAAUCUAUCUCCACGAACUAUUCAUCGCAUCUUUGUCUUCCAGAAUGGGUUGUUCUCUUUUUCACGUAGAGAUAAUGCCUUUCGUGGAUUUUCGUCGACGUCAUUUGCAUGUAAAAAGAAUAAGGUUUCAGAUAAUGUCAGUGACCAAAAUAAAGCGUAUAGCGGAACUUUAUUAUUACCGAAGACGAAUUUUCCGAUUCGGGCCGAUGCAGCAAAUCGAGAACAUUUAUUUCGCGAUAGAUGUACCAAAGAAUUGUACUUCUGGCAAUUAGAGAAUAAUCCAAAAGAUUUAUUCAUAUUGCAUGAUGGUCCACCAUAUGCUAAUGGGCAUUUACACAUUGGACAUGCGCUGAAUAAGAUUUUAAAAGACAUAAUAAAUCGUUAUAAGGUGUUGCAAGGACAUAAAGUCAGUUAUGUCCCAGGAUGGGAUUGUCAUGGAUUACCAAUUGAAUUAAAAGCUUUAUCGGAACUUCGGAGUGCCGAGAAAUUAAAAAUGACUCCAAUGCAAAUUAGAACUACAGCAAGAAAAUGCGCAUUAGAGACAAUCGAGUUACAGAAAUUGGACUUCAUGAGUUGGGGAAUAAUGGGUGAUUGGGAAAAUCCUUAUAGAACUCUUGACAAAGAAUAUGAAAUCAGACAGUUGAAAGUUUUUCAUGAAAUGAUGAAGAAAGCAUUGGCUGAGGCAGAAUUGGAAUAUAUGGAAUAUCAGUCUCGGUCCGUAUAUGUAAAGCUCCCUAUCAUCGAGUUUCCAAAGGAUUUAGAAGAAUUUCCCCCCAAAAAUGUUUAUGCAUUAAUAUGGACCACGACUCCUUGGUCUCUUCCAGCAAACCAGGCAAUAGCAGUCAAUUCAGAAUUAGAUUACUCUGUUGUUAGUCCUCUUUCAGCUAAUGAUAACAACACAGAUAGUUACCUAAUUGCAAAUGAAAGGUUGGAAUCGUUACAAAAUAUUAUAGGUACAGAGCUGACUAUUAAGUCUACUUUUACAGGACAGAAACUUGUCGGGACCAGCUAUACCCAUCCAAUUACAGGAAUGAGGUGUAACAUUAUUGGUGCGUCAUUUGUGACCGACAAAUCCGGAACUGGACUAGUACAUUUGGCAUCUGGACAUGGAUCAGAUGAUUAUGAAGCAUGUAGAGAAUCAAAUAUACCAAUAUUUAGUCCUGUUGAUGAUUCGGGGAGGUUUACUAGUGAUGUUGGUGAACCCUCUUUUGAAGGAAAGAAUGUACUCACUGAUGGUACAACAGCUGUAAUUGAUUUUUUGAGAGAUAAAAGCAUUUUAGUUAAAGAAUCAAAAUUUACUCAUAAGUAUCCUCAUGAUUGGAGAACAAAGAAGCCAAUAAUUACCAGAGCUGCGCCUCAAUGGUUUGCUAAUGUAGAGGCUUUUAAGAGAAGAACCCUUGAAACACUUAUUGAUAUCAAAACAAUUCCUUAUAAUGCACGAAGCGUAUUGAGUCAGUACAUUCUAUCAAGAAACGAGUGGUGCAUAUCACGCCAACGAUCUUGGGGUGUUCCGAUACCCGUCUUAUAUAAUGUAGAAACGGAUGAGCCACUUUUCACAGUAUCUUCUAUUGCCUAUAUCAUUGAAAUUUUUAAAGAACGUGGCACGAACGCAUGGUGGGAGUUAGAAGAAAAGGAAUUAGUGGCUCCUGAGUUUAGAAAUAAUGGUGUAGAAUAUAAACGUGGGAUGGAUACAUUGGAUGUUUGGUUUGAUAGUGGAGUCUCUUGGACUUUUAUUUUAGAAAAAUAUAAAAGACAGGAUCCCCAUUCCAUUUCCGAUUUGUAUCUAGAAGGAACUGAUCAAAAUCGCGGAUGGUUCCAAUCUUCUUUAUUGACCUCUGUCGCUGUAAACAACAAGGCACCAUAUUCUACAGUUGUUACUCAUGGAUUUGUGCUUGAUGAGAAAGGUCGUAAAAUGUCAAAAUCACUGGGAAACAUUGUCACUCCGGAUACCAUUAUCAAAGGUGGAAAGAACAAGAAAGAAGAACCAGCAUAUGGUGCUGAUGUAUUAAGACUUUGGGCUGCAUCAUCGGAAUAUGUUAAGGAUAUAAAUAUUGGAAGCACUGUUAUGAAUCACGUAGCUGAAUCGAUGAGAAGAUAUAGGAAUACUGCGAGAUUCAUGCUAGGGAAUUUAAAUAACUUUAAUUAUAAUCAGUUGAUGAAAUACGAGGAUCUCAAAUCGAUCGACAGAUAUGCUUUGUAUGAACUUUAUCAUUUUGGGAAGGCCGUUAACUCUGGCUAUGAAGAUUUUGCAUUUAACAAAGUUGUCCAAACACUGAAUAACUUCUCGAGCGUGACACUGUCUGCGUUCUAUUUUGACAUAGUGAAGGAUCGACUAUAUGCUGAUCAUGUAGAGAGUUUGAGUAGGAGAAGUGUCCAAUCGGUUCUAUAUCAUAUUCUAAACAUGUAUACAAGGUCGAUUGCUCCAAUAGUCCCACACCUUGCAGAAGAGAUAUACGAAAAUUACAAGAUCGUUGAGCCAGAAAAACAUGAUAGUGUAUUUAAACUAGGGUGGUAUGAUCUA